AUGACUCUCCUCCACCUCAACAACAAUAGUUUCACAGGCACAAUCCCAGAUAGCUUGAAAGACCUUAUUGCCCUCACUGAACUUGAUCUCAACAAUAACCAAUUCUCCGGACCUUUCCCUACCAUAAUUCUCCAAAUCCCAAAUCUCAUGUAUUUAGACCUUAGAUUCAAUCUUUUUUCAGGACCCAUUCCAGACCUUGUAUUCACCAAGAAUCUUGACACAAUUCUACUCAAUAACAACAAUUUUGAAGGUCAAAUCCCACAAAGUCUAGGCAAUUCCCAUGCUCGGUAA